UUUUUGUGUCUCCCUUUGCAGAGCAUUGCACAUCCUUUUCUGGAAUAUGCUUUCGUGAAAUCCGUCGGAUCACUCCGGUAGCUAAUAUCAGUAUAAACUAGCCUACUGUAGUUUGUAAGAAUGAGUGUGCAGUGGAUUCAUAACCCGGUACCGGGGAGACACGGACACAAGCGCUUUGACACAGACGAGCCCGUGAGCAGAUGUCCGCGGCUCAGCGAGUCUUCAGCUGAUGCUGGUCUCCUGGGUUCCUCUCCGGGAUCUCCGGUGAGCGGAGCUCCUCUGAGCGUCACCUCAGCCCAUCAGGGUCCCGCUCGCAUCGGCCAGUUCCUGCUGGUGCCCCUGACCGACCGACCGGGGGUGCACAGCGCUUUAGACAUGGACACAGGAGAGGAACUGCUCUGCAAGGUGUUUGAUAUGGGCCAAUAUCAGGAGAAAAUAAGAGCCUACAGCAUGCUGUCAAAUCAUAAGAACGUUGCACAGAUCAAAGACAUAGUUCUUGGGGAGUGCAAAGCCUAUGUUUUCCAAGAGAAGGAUUUUGGUGACAUGCACACCUUUGUGAAGAGCAGCAAGAGGCUUCCUGAAGACCUGGCUUCCAAGCUUUUCUACCAGGUGGUGUCUGCAGUGAACCACUGCCACCAGGUUGGCAUCGUUUUGGGGGACCUCAAGCUUCGCAAGUUUGUGUUCUCAGAUGAGAAAAGGACCCAUUUGAAAUUAGAGGGUCUGGAGGACUGCCAUAUUCUGUGUGGAGAGGACGACUCGAUGUUCGACACGCAUGGCUGCCCUGCGUACGUGAGUCCGGAGAUUUUGAACGGCGGCGGGUGUUACUCGGGCAAGCAGGCGGACGCGUGGAGCCUCGGUGUCAUGCUGUACACAAUUUUGGUGGGCCGCUACCCUUUCCACGACCCGGACCCCGCAACCCUGUUCUCUAAGAUUCGACGGGGCACAUAUUGCCUUCCCGAUGGACUGUCUUUAAGGGCGCGCUGCCUACUUCGCAGUCUGCUCAGAAAGGACCCCGGCGAGAGACUGACCACCGCAGAGGUCCUCAUUCACCCAUGGUUCCACAGCCAAACGCUGGACACAGGAAACGCAGAACAGGAAGUUAACCUCAGAGAACAGACAGUGCCCCAGAUAGAAAUGGAGCAGGGUGAGGAUCUUUUCUCCUGAGGAAACCCAAUAUAGCUUGAAUAUGGACCAAAACUGUUCGUUGUCUCGGUGGGUUUUUGUUUAUGAUUUGGUUUCUUAUACAGAUUUUGUAAUAGAUUCAGAAGUAUACACUCAUUCAAAGUACUGUAUCAUCUAUGUCAGCUUGAAGGACAGUGCGCACAACAGCCAGUGUAUUUUGAAGUCGUUUGGUGCUAUAGUGAACCAUUCUUGUGCUGUAUGACGUGAGUGAGACUGGGCAUUAUGGGUCAUGUGAUAAUGAGAGAAUGUGAGAAGUGAGAAUGUCAGCAUGGUGACUAACCUUGGCCUAUGGGCCAGACCUGUGGCUUCACUCUUAUGCUGUCAAAACGAACCGUGCAGGUUGACUCACCCAUUGAAUACCACAGCAGCAAAGGUACAUGUCUGCUUUGAUAGGAGGAGAAUGGCCGUUCAAACGUUAAAUGUCAGUUAUUGACCCUUAAAACUCUGUGUCAUACAGAUUCUUAAAUUCAGGGAAUUACCAAUAAAUGUUCAGAAUGAGCCUCAGGACAGACACAACCCGUUACAGACAGAUACAAAGUGUUCAUUCAUCCUGCUGUACCCUGAUCUCUCUAGUCCUUCUAGUCACAGUUUCCUUACUUGAAUCCAAGGGAUCCUCAUAAAAGCAUGAGACUUCAGUAUGGCAGGCCAGUUCAUACUGCGGGUAAGAUAUGAUGACUCAACAGCUGGGCGUUGGUGUAAUGAAGAGGAUAGGGCUAUGAACCUCACUAUGACUGUAUGCAUAUCUUCACUCUCACUUUAAAGUAAAGAGAACAGUUGUACAAUAGCACUACUGUAAGGGUGGAGUGUCUUCUAAAGGUCUGUUUUCUACUACCCUCGUGCUGGGGGUUGUAUGUUACCUCUGAAUCCAAGCAUAAUGGAGACAUGCAACGUUUAUGGUUUGUGAAAGGCUCUUUAUAAGCAAAGGCUGGAGGGUAUGCAAGAUGUCUGUCUCAUGCAUGCAGCACAUGGGGAAAGCUGACACGAGUCCACAGAGUUCAUAUUGCACUGUGAAUUAUGUAUUUGUGACACAAACCCCAAGGCUUGACCAUGAGGGUUUAAUAGUUAAAAUUCAUUGUAGAAAUGAGCAUGUGUAAAUAUGUACAUGUUAAGUGUGUGAACAAAAUUGAAUAAAGAUUACUCUCUUAUUUA